AUGGAGUUUUCAGUGCCCUGGCAUCUCAUUUCAGUGAUUCUUGGCCUGUGUUUGCUACUAUUGGUGACAGUUGCCGUGUUGAGGAUAAAAAUUUUCCAGUAUAUUCAAGAAAACCAUCAGCAGAGGGAAGAGAUAGGAAACCUGACUCGAGAGCACCACAUUUUGCAAAAUGACAGCGACUUAAAUGAGCGACUUUUGACAAAUAAGACUUUAGAAUAUAACAUUCUGAAAAAUGAAUCGCUUCAGCAGAAGAAGGAACAGGAUUUACUGUUUGCAGAUAGGACAUAUCAGAGAGAAAAUGAAGGCAAACUCUGUGAAAACCACCUGUCCUAUCGUGGAGUAAAGUAUUAUUAUUUUAUUCCUGAAAGGAAAAACUGGAAUGGAUGUAAACAGACUUGCCAAAGUUAUAAUUCAUCUCUUUUGAAGAUAAAUGAUGAAGAUGAACUGGUAUCGUGGACUGUUGCAUUCACUUUUAUUUUCCUAACUAUGUCUCAUGCUUGGACCCAAGAUCUUGAGGACAGGGGGAGGCCAGAAAGGGGGACCUUCAGUUAUUCUCUGUGUUGUGUCUGUCGUGUGAGCAAAAAUUGCGUAGGUAAGAAAGGUAAGGGUUCUGGAAAACUCUGCCUACUGAUAGGCAUAUAUGAUCUUGCUACUUUCUAAGCAUUCACUAUGUAUUAUUUAUCAUGAUGACUAUUAUUAUUUCCAAGAAAGAAACCCCCUUGAAGAUUCAGUUUAGGUCUUUGCAUUCAUUUCCUUUUCUAAGGUGUGUGCAGGAGAACAGCUCACUGAGCAGCAUGCUUCUCCUUCGAUGGAGCCCUUAACCCUUUGGUAUAUGCAGCCUGGAAGCAGUGGUUAUUUAUCCUUGCAAGGUGGCAACUAAGAACGUGGAGGUACCUAAUCCAGUGGGUGCUAUUAGGAAUCCAGGAGCCAGAUUGCCUGCGAUCAGGCAAAUCCAGUUCUGCCACCUGUUACCUGGGUGACCUCGGGUGAAUACUUGCCCU